UUAAGAAAUAGUCACUUUGUUCUCAUUUUCAACCAUCCUUCCUUUUCCUUCCCUCUGCAGCUGCUGAUAUACUUCCUGCGGAAACGAUCACGGACCCGAUGGAAGAAACAAAAUCCAGAUUCAAGCGUAUUUGUGUUUUCUGUGGCAGCAGUUCUGGCAAGAAAGCUAGUUAUCAGGAAGCUGCUGUUCAACUCGGCAAGGAACUGGUAGAGAGAAGGAUUGAUUUGGUCUACGGAGGUGGAAGCGUGGGGUUGAUGGGACUCGUUUCUCAGGCAGUUCAUGAUGGUGGGCGCCAUGUUCUAGGGGUUAUCCCAAAAACUCUGAUGCCUCGAGAGAUAACUGGUGAUCCUAUUGGAGAAGUAAGAACCGUAUCUGAUAUGCAUCAAAGAAAAGCUGAGAUGGCUCGUCAAGCGGAUGCCUUCAUUGCCCUCCCAGGUGGCUAUGGAACCCUUGAGGAAUUGCUGGAAGUAAUCACAUGGGCUCAGCUUGGAAUCCACCGCAAACCUGUGGGGCUGUUGAACGUGGAUGGGUACUACAAUACCUUGUUGUCGUUCAUUGAUCAGGCCGUUGAUGAAGGCUUUAUCUCUACGGCACGUCGCAUUAUCGUGUCAGCACCCACUGCCAAAGAAUGGUCAAAGAGCUGGAGGUACUUGUAUGCUUUAUUGUGCGGUUCACAAAGAUGACACCUUUCUGUAUAUAAGUUAUCAAAUUAAUUAUAAUGGAUUUCUCUUCUGGUUUAGCCUGAUCUGCUAGUCUAGUGGGGCUCCUUUUUUAUUUCGUUUUUUUUUCUGUGGACGCAGGAACAUGGCCCGAGCAAGACGAGGUGGUUUCUAAGUUGGUGUGGGAAGAUAGGCUAAAUUUCGUGGCAGAAUCAGAAGUUGCCAUGUGAUUCAUUUUCAAGGCUGAAGAUGAAGGGGGAUGGUUUUUGGGGUUUUGGUUUCUUGGUACAUAAGAAAUAUACGGCCCUUAUAGGAACCGUAGAAGAAAGUCAACACAGGAUCUUUCUUUUUGUUUCUUAGAAAGAUAGGACACAAUUGGCUAAUGUGAUGUCCCUAUAUAGCAAACAGAAAUAGAGAUGUCCAUCAAAUGCAAAAUCAAAAUAUGAAUGGAAAUUAUGUUACAUCUCUUUUGAUAUCAAC